AUGGACACGAGUCUUACUCUCAAUUGGAAGGACAGUGAUUACUACCUUCGCCAUCCUGCCAGUCAGCAUGCGCGGGAUGCAUGCGUGGCAAGGGUGGACUGGGACGCGCUGUGUACGUACGCGUCCUCGAUCAACCAGGGUAAACCCUGUAGCCUUCUUCCGGACAGCACAAUGGGCGGAGUACAUUUAAUCCGACUCGUGAAUUUUGAGGAUACGCAGUGGAUUGCUCGGAUCCAGCUCGAGCCUGCGACGCCGGCCACGGCCAGCGGUCUUCGCGCCGAGAUUGAUGCCAUGGAGCUUGUCCGCGCUCGAACAACAAUCCCGGUCCCGCAGGUUUUUGGCUAUAAGGUUGACGAUACGAACCCGGUGCGCGCGGCCUUCACCCUGAUGGGGUUUCUUCCCGGUUCCUCCGCGAUGGAUGCCGAUGGCGGCUACGACGUGCACCAUGGCAGCAUCUUGCCGGAGAGAAGAGACACCUUCUACCGAGAAGUCGCCGGGAUUCAGGUUCAACUCGCCUCGAUCAGGGUCCCCAAAAUCGGCACCGUGGUCCGACGGGAGGACAAUUCAUUCGAGGUCGGGCCGCUGCCAGGAAUCGGGGGACCUUUCGCAACAGCAACCGAUUUCUUCAUUGCUUGGGCGAAGAAGGCGAAAUUUCCUGCGUCGGAGAAGUCCAUUCGGAAACGUGUCCCAGACGAUCUCGCCGCAGACAUUCUCAAUUCGGUCAACAACUUCCCAAGCAGGCUACAGUCGAUCGCGAGGAAGAUCGCAACGAACGACAAAGACCCUUUCCCGUUGUAUCACCGGGAUCUGUAUCACAGCAAUAUGAUCGUGGAUGAAAGGUUUCGUAUUAUUGGUACGAGUGACUGGGAGGGCGCUUCUACCGUCCCCUGGGAGCUUUUCGAGCCACCGUUGUUUAUUGUCGUCGGGCCCCGUGCGCUGGAUUAUGCGGAUGAAGAUGCGGAAGACAGGCAGCCGGAGGAUACCGAGCGAAUAGGGCUCCUCGAGGAGAGCGCUCGAUAUGUCCGGUAUGUACAAGAGCGGGAAAUUAUGCUAAAAAAGGAUAAGCAGCUAUCUACCGUUCUUCUAGAUCCUUCAGCGCAAGGGAUCGCGCGCGCGGUGAAGGUGUAUCCAGAAGGUCGGUUAGGGUUCCAUUGCAAUGUCCUGAAACCUUUCGAGCUUUUAUCAACAGAGUGA